AUGGCCAUGUCUCACAUGUCGCUAGACGAGAGAGCUGACUUCGUCGAGGAUAUUAUCCAUUACGACUUCACCAAUCGUGCAAUCCUCUACGAAGCUCUCCGUAGCGCCGGCGCGCUUGCCCUGACCGGGCGAGCACAUCGCUCCGACGGCAACAAGGACCUGGCGCAAAUCGGCGAUGCGGUCCUGCAUCUGAUCCUCGUGAUGGACGGCUACGAAGCCAAAGCCAGUCGAGGCUACAUCAACGAGGUGCUCUCGUCGAUGGCCAGCAACCCCCAUCUCGCACAAAUUGGGUCCAAAGCUGGACUGGAGAACCUCAUUCUCAUCAAUCCGUCUCAGGCCAGCGUGUCCCCAGGAGUGAUGGCUCAAACCGUUGAGGCGAUCCUCGGCGCUGUCUAUCUCGACAGCGGGAAGGACGUCCAGGCCGUCCGAGCCGUCAUGGCGACCCUGAACCUGGGAUGGCCAGUGUGA